AUGACUGUUGAACAACCAACUACUUAUCAAAGACAAAAAGUUUUAUUAUUAGGCGCUACCGGUUUCAUUGGUGGUGAAAUCCUUUACAAAUUGUUAACUUUACCUCAAUUUGAAAAACUUGAUAUCACUAUCUUGACUAGAUGUUAUGAAAAAGCUAGAAAAAUCCAUUCAACUACUCAAGGUAGAGUUAGACCAAUUGUUGGUUCUGUCCGUGAUGUGUUUUUAAUGCAUCAUGAAUUCCAAAGAGCUGAUAUUGUUAUCAAUGCUAAUGGUGUUGAUAGUAUUAGAUGUGCUAAGUACUUAUCAAAAGUUGCUUCAAAGGUUAGAAAACCAUAUUUAAUCUUGCACACUUCAGGCGCUUCAACUAUUUCUGCCACUAAAGGUGCAUCAGACAGAGUUUUCUCUGAUUUGGAAAACAAUAAUGAAAUUGUUCAUACUCCAGUUGAUGAAAUCAUCUUAGGUAUUGAAGAGAGAAAUCCAAAAUUUGUUAAAACCGUUAUUGUUUCACCUCCAACCAUCUUUGGUAGAAAUGAUGGAUUCAUUAGAAGAGAAGCUGUUUCAAUCCCAAAAUUGGUUAAAUUAGCCAUGAAGAACAAACAAGCUUUCACUGCUUAUUCAGGUGAUUACCAUUUAUCUCAUGUUCACAUCAAUGACUUAGCUGAUUUAUACGUUAUGUUGUUGGAACAUUUAUUGGUUGGUAAUAACAUCAAGACUGGAAGAGAAGGUUAUUACUUUGCAGAGAAUGGUGUUCAUGAUUGGAAAGAUAUAAGUGCUCAAAUUGGGAAAUUGUUGAAACAGAAAGGUUUGGUUAAAACUGAAGAAGUUGCACAAUUACAACCUGAACAAAUUCAAAAAUUGGCUAAUGAUGAAACUGCUCCUUAUUACUGGGGUACUAAUGCUGUUACCAAAGCUGAUUUAGCUAGAUCUUAUGGAUGGCAACCAAAAUUCACUACUGCUGAUUUGUUGAAUGAUCUUGAAACAACAGUUGAUCAUAUUGCCCUUCAAGAAAAUUACUAA